GGAAAAAGAAAAAAAAAAAGAGAACACAGACGGGAUUUCCUGGGCGGAAGGCGUGCGAAUACUGUACCGGCAUUAGAAACGAAAUAGCACUGGCAAUGGGGUGGAGUGGGGAAGGGGACAAACGGAACAUCAUCGCCUACCAUGCCCCACAAAAUUAGCACGUUUUGGUGGGAAAGAAAAAGAGACCCCAGGAUUACAAGUAUAAAACUAUUUGGGAGUCCCUCCUCAUGACCUUCCAACUCACCACAACUCGAAUCUUCAUCAUCUCAGCUCUGCUUGUUAUAUCAGUUGUACUAGCCCCAAGAAUUUACGAACCCCUGCGCCCCGCGUUUAACGACAUAAUAUCCUCAUACCUCGACGACUGUACGGCAACCCGCACAGAAACCCCCCGCGCUACAAUGUUUGGAAAGAAGACGGUUGCUUACUUUGUCAACUGGGGCAUUUACGGCCGCAACUACCAACCCCAAGACAUCCCAGCUUCUCAUUUGACCCACAUCUUGUACUCCUUUGCCAAUGUCCGCCCUGAAUCUGGUGAAGUCUACUUGAGCGACCCGUACUCCGAUCUUGAAAAGCACUACCCCACCGACUCCUGGAACGACGUUGGCACAAACGUCUACGGCUGCGGUGGACAUACUCCGCCAACUUUGCGCCGGCAGCAGCUACGGCUGCUGGCAGGUGUACAUUCGCCAGGACUGCCGUUCAACUCGUCAGGGACCUGGGAUUUGAUGGUAUCGAUAUUGAUUGGUAUGCCCUUUCAUGCCACCCAGGCUCAGAAUUUUGUUUCUCUAUUGGCAGAGUGCCGUACACAACUCGACGCUUACGGGAACCAGUAUGCGCCAGGCCAGAAGUUGCUUUUGACUAUUGCUGCUCCUUGCGGCGCAACCCACUACACCAAACUCCUAAUCAGCCAAAUGAACCAAUACCUCGACUUCUGGAACUUAAUGGCCUACGACUUCGCUGGGAGCUGGGAUUCCACAGCUGGCCACCAAGCAAACCUCUACCACUCAGCCUCCAACCCAGAAAGCACGCCCUUCAGUGCCAAUGACGCCGUGAACGCCUACAUCGCCGGCGGCGUCCCGUGCAACAAGAUAGUCUUGGGCAUGCCCCUCUACGGCCGCUCCUUCCAGGCCACCACGGGGCCCGGAGCCUCCUUCACCGGCAUCGGCAACGGGAGCUGGGAGAAUGGCGUGUGGGAUUAUAAGGCCCUGCCGAAAGCCGGCGCGGCCGAGUGCGCUGACAACAGUACCGUUGCCUCGUGGAGUUAUGACUCUGCCGCCCGGGAGAUGAUUUCUUACGACACACCCACCAUUGCGCAGACCAAGAGCUCAUAUAUCCUGGAGAAGGGCUUGGGCGGUGGCAUGUGGUGGGAGUUAAGCUCUGAUAAGCCGAUUGGGGACCCGCGGUCUUUGAUCAAGACUACCGUGGACCGGUUCGGUGGUACGGGGUCGUUGGAGACUACCAACAACAUUCUUACGUACCCCGGGAGUAAGUAUGAUAACAUGAGGAACCAGUUCAGAAGCGAAUAG